AUUCAUGUGUGUGCUCUGGAACGCGUAUUGCCAUGAUGAUCUGAUUUCUUGCGCCGCUCUCUGCUGUGCAUGCAUCGAAACACCACUCCCACCUGAUACAGCCUUCUGCUUGGCCCUCCCCUCCUCUGCAAUCUGCCUCGCCGCCGCCUCCACCACCCUCUCCAUUCGUAUCGUCGGCCCAGCCCAGCCCUGCACUCCAGCCGCUGGACCCUGUCGUACAAACACCCAACGGCCGAUCAUCCACACGACCAGCGUCCCGGACGCCCACCCUAGCCCUCGCUCAAUUCCUACAUAUUGUGCCCGCCUGUCUGCCCGACCUCCGCCAGCCUGGGGACCUCCGCCCGCUGCCCUUCCAAUGCCCAGAGCCUGUGCAGCGAGGCGUGCCGGGAAUGCCGCUGCUGAUGAGACGCCAGAGUGUCUUGGGCGUGCCGAGCAACAGCAAUAGCAGCACCGAUAACAUCGUGGUGGAUCCCCAUGCCCGCCAUGACGCCCUCGCUCCUCCCAGCGCUGCCGCCGCGAAGAACGCAUCUCUCAAGCCUGAUGCUGCCUACACACGACCAGUGACCGUCGGCGUCGACUCUGCGCCGCUGCCAGCUUCGAGACUCUCCCACGAGCUCCACCCAGAUGACAUCGCCGGCCCCAGCACGGAUCACGAUGCUGCCACUCGGUCCCGGAAGCGAUUCAGCCUUAUGAAAUUCCGCAACUACUCAGAGUCCCAUUUGUCGGCGCGCGCGAAGUUGGAUGCGGAGCGGGAAAAGGUGAACGAAGAGCUGCCGCCGGUGCCCGCAGUCACUCCUGACGGCGUCGUGCCAACAAUUGUCAAGACUGCGCCAACGAUGGGACACGAGGUGCCCGACGCGCAGCAGGCGGACACGGAGAGGCAGGCGCGGCCCUCGCUGUUUAGGAGGUCGUCGGCCAUGAAAUCGCGCGCAUCAGAUCAGAUCAGCAGAGAUUCGAGCGAGAGAAGCAGGACCGCGAAGAAGGGGUCGUCAAUAUUUCGCAGAGGGAAGACUAGCGGUCUUGAGGACUUGCACCGGCUCUCAGCUAUGCACAUCAGCGACCAGCAUAGUGCACCUCCCUCGUACCGCGAGCACUCAAACUCUGCGCUUGCCGUUCCUGUCUCUCAGACAACGGAUCCAAGGUUCUCAGAAUCCUCCCGCUCGGACGGCAGUUCUGGAGAUGGACAUAUCUAUGGAAGCACCACAACCACGACGCAUACUGUCCAGACACAUACUACCUUUUUCAAGCUGCCUCGCCGAAACAAGAAUCGCAAUUCGCUGUUCCCGCUUCCUGUGAAACUUCCGCCUCCAGAUGAUUCGAAACACGAUCAAAACGGCCCCAUUACCCCACGCGCAUCAACACAAUCGCUUGCGCCAGAAACAGAUGCCACGCCGUCAACAGAGUUACCGGCUGACCGCCCACUGCGACGAGCGCACACCGAAGCGACUCCUUCCAAGCGCCCCCAGCCGAAUUCACUUCAAGGAUCUCCGAAAAAAGGAUCGCUGGUCUUCGCGGAACCUGACACCACUUUGUUUCGACAGACGUCUUCUCAGUCUCACAGUUCGAAUCCCUCGUCACCACUGCAGCCUCCCAUGCGACUCGGCCUGAGGGAUAGGUCCUCCACGCAAAGCUCGUUUGGUGGGCGUAGUGGGCACGAUGCAGAGACGCCGCCUCUUUCGGCGAGUGGCCGAACCUCAACUUCCACGGCAGGACGGUCAAGUCUGGGCGGUCUGCUCAAUCUUUCACGCUUCCGCCAAAGUUCAGAGCCGUACUCGCCACGGCAUGGAUCGCCAGGGACGCGAAGCAAAUCAAAUUCGUUCGCAAUGAGCCGCGAAGCGCUUGUCAUUCCUGAGCGCGAAGAAGGAGACACGCCAGGGAAGUAUCUGGAGCGACUGGAGAAUGCCGUGUCACGGAGUGUGAUUGCUGGGAUAUUGUCCAAGUCCUCAGACCCAUUUGCUCAGGCCGUGUUACGCAGCUACACCAGGCGGUUUCCUUUCUUCACAGAACCCAUUGACAUGUCACUUCGCAAGUUUUUGCUUGAGGCAGAAUUGCCCAAAGAAACGCAGCAGGUCGAUCGUGUCAUCCAAGCAUUUGCAGAUCGGUACCACGAGUGUAAUCCUGGCAUCUAUGCGAGUGCCGAUAGUGCAUAUUUCAUCGCCUUCUCGAUCAUGAUGCUGCAUACAGACGCUUUCAAUCGGAACAACAAGCGCAAAAUGCAGAAACAAGAUUAUGUCAAGAAUACGUCCGGCCAAGGCAUCUCCGACGACGUUUUGGCCUGUUUCUACGAUAACAUUUGCUACACGCCCUUCAUACAUUAUGACGAGGAUGUAGACAUCAAUGGCGAACGCGUAUUGCAUUUCACCCAACCGAAAAAGUCUGGUGGCAAGCUCAAGAGUGCCAUUCCAGGUGCGUCGGACAUUUCGAGAAAGCCCUCUGGACCUGUGGACCCAUAUAAUCUCAUUGUGGAACAAAAGCUGGACGCGCUUCGUCCGGCCAUCAAGGAUACGAUCUUGAUGGACGAUCCUUUUGACUAUCGUGGCAGCCAAGGCGAGCUCGAUCCGCAUUAUCUGCAACGCGCAUUCACCCAUACCGGAAUUAUACAAAUCAUCUCAGCGAGAUCGCGUCCGGCAGCAUAUGAAAGCCAGUUCAUCAAUGGCCAGACCAAUGCGACAGAGACGCAGCAAGGCAUUGUGGAUCUGAAGAUUACCAAAGUUGGACUUCUCUGGCGCAAGUCUGCGAAGAAAAAGAAGACUAGAAGCCCGUGGCAGGAGUGGGGCGCCAUUCUCACUGGUUCCCAGUUAUACCUUUUCCGUAAUUCACACUGGGCGAAAGGCUUGAUGCAUCAAUUCAUCAAUCAGCAGAGGCCUGGUCGAUCGAGAACACCUGUAGUUUUCAAGCCGCCCUUGCAGGACUUCAAGCCGGAUGCUUUGAUCAAAACGGACAAUGCAGUGGCGUUGGUUGAUUCGACAUAUACGCGACAUAAGAACGCUUUCACUUUCGUCAGGCACGGCGGACAAGAAGAGGUCUUCCUCGCGGACAACGAAAGUGAGUUACACGACUGGCUCGGUCUCAUCAAUUAUGCCGCAGCGUUCCGCGCUGCGGGUGUGCGGAUUCGGGGUAUGACAGGAGGCAAUGAAGAUUCCACUCAAUCGAUCAAAAGGCUGAGAUCGACAAACUCGUCCCGGUCGCUCCAAACUGAUGACGAAGAAGUCACUGUCACUCACAGAGGUCUCGGCCCGCAAUUGCAACAACAAGUCAUGGCAGCCCGACGCCAAAUUAUGAUGCAGAAGAUUGCUGAGAUCGAGAGCGAAAUCGAGAGUGCUAAUCGCCAGCUCGAGAAUAUGUUGCGAAACGCACGGCAUUUACUAAUCCUGGCGCCGAUAGCACCGCGCACCAGAGAGGAUGUCGUUCUCGCAGCUGGCCGAGCUGACGCCACGAUCAAAUGGCUGCGGCGCGAUAUGUGGCGCAUGAAGUGCCAUCGCGACAUUCUUGCAAUGGACGUCAGAAUCGACGGAAUGAGCGCUGCCGAACUCGAGAAGCUAAGGCCCAGCGAGCCAGAGUCAGCGCGCAAGGAGAAGCCGAAGGUGCUCACUAGGUUCAGCUCACAACGAACGCCAAAGAGCCCACCGCAAAGCCCAUCGAGCUUGACUUUCAACAGACCUCCAACUCGUGAAUCCGAGGACGAGACAGGUGCUGACAAGUCAGCGACUCCACCACAAUCUGCCAGCCCACAGAAAGACGAACCGUGGCGUCUUCCUCCCCUCGAACUUAACACGUCCCAGGGUGAGAAAGAGCACCGAGGCUCUGUGAGCAGCACGCUGCUAUCGGCAUCCCCUCCCGCCAAUCGAGGCAGCCUGCAACAUUCACACUCUGCUUCUAGUAUACUCCAGGUUCGCACUCGCUCGACUGAUACUUCUGGUACCGGCAAUGGCGGCGCGCUCACGCCAGCUGCCAGUGUCGAUGAAAGAGAGCUUCAGCUUUUGGCACGAGCGACGAUGAUACCCGAUGCUCAUGUCGUGCGAGACGGUGGUGCUAGCAUUGACGGUCCGGCGCCAGGUACUUCACCUGAAAGCAGCAAGCAUAAAGGUGUGCGAAGAAGCCUACAGAAGACCUUGCGCGAUCAUCACACUCCAAGUUUGUCGCAUCGCCAUCGGCGUAACAAGGAGAGUGACAGCACUGUGCGCUCAGCCCACGUUGAAGGCCAGGAGUCCGAGGAAGCUACGCCCCGACUUACUCGUGAUAAACCACGGUUUGUGCUUCACGGCAAGCAAGCCUCGGUCGUGCAAUUCGGAGGAGAUUGGGAACGUAUGAAGCUGCGGAGAGAAAAUUACGAAGCUGGACGUCCUUCUGCAGAAUUCCAAUCCCAGAUGGAUGCAGCUUUUGUUCGAAAACGUUCGGAAGCCCAGCAACAGCUGCGUGCUGGCAUGUUUAGCCCGGUCGUCCAAGACCUGAGCCGAGGCGGCACAACCGACGAGGAUGACGACACGGCCAGUAUAGUAUCUGCCCAGAGCUUCAUUUCGGAUGCAGAAGCCGCUGCAACACUUGCUGGUGAUAGGCCUCAAACAAAGUCCUCUAAUGAGGAGGACGUCACAGAAUUCCCCGGCUUUGUCGACCUCUCCGAAUGGGACCCCGAUCGCAGGACGACUGUACUCGGACCAUUCUCGCCCGUAAGCCCUGAUCAGAGCCAAUACAAACACAGACGUUUCAGCAGUCUCCAAAAAGGCCAAGAUGGGAACAUUGAGGACGUGGAAGAAGCCGUACAGAACGGCUACAUAUCUACUUCAGGCUCACAGUACUCGACCAGUCCACCAUUUAAUGCCACUGAACCUGAUAUCCCGGAACUCGAUUUCGCGAGUAGAGAGAACAGGCGCACAGUCAUUGGUCCCUCAACAUCAUCUCAAGAAUUAGCGAAGGCGCAAGGGAGUUUGUCACCUACAUCAGGAACCGGGGAAUCCAAUCAUAGCGCGGGGAGUUCUUUUGUGGAAGGGGAGAAUGGGUUUGUGAGGGCGAUUGGCGAUGAGGAGUUGAGGAGUAUGAGCUCGAGCUUGAAUGCGAGUCCGCAAACGAUCAAGUCGAGGUGAAGUUGAGCAUCAUACUGGGGACUAACAGCGAUGUCCUCGCUUCUGUAUGUGUGUGCAGAAGUUUGUGUACUUUUUUAGAGGUGGAAAGGAAUUACCGAGAUGAUACCC